AUCACAUCACUUCUCUACUUUCCCGCUCCUGUUGUUUACAAGAGGGGAUCUCUGGGAAGUGGUGCUCAUGGCAACCAGCAUAAACACUUCUCAGUAGCUACGUUUUUGCUGCUUGUACAAAACGGGGCGCAAAGGGCAAGGAACGUUGUUAUCAUGGCGUUCUGUGAGGACCAAUACUAUGAAAGAAUUGGAUCCAUUCAACAAAGCAUGCACGAAAGGGAAAAGAGGAGACUUGAGUUGGAGAGGGAGCUGUUUGCUUACUGCAGAUCUGACAAGAGAGGUUCUCAGAUAAAGUGUGCCACACUCCGUGGGUAUCUCAAGGAAAUCUGUGAGAGAGAAAAACAGGCGAAAAUUCGAAACCUAGAGCUCCUGAGAGAUGUGGAGUGCAUUGAAAUGAGCAUGAAGGAGCACUGUGCUGACCGUAACCCUCUGGAUAAACACAAGGGAGAUUUGUUGAAUUGCCACCCUCAGGGUGAGUCCCCCUCACCACAGGCCAGGGCUUUACGCCAACCAUCUGUAAUCUUCAUGGGUCGCCAGACCUCCAGAAGUUACGCGACUGAAGAUGCCACCACAAGUAUACACUUACGACAAGCGGAGCGUCAUUCGCCAAAUCAUCUCUCGCAUGCCUCGGAAUGCCUGCAAAGUGGCCUUUUGAAUGACUCCAAAGUUUCCCGAGGGGUCGUUGCCGACAGCGGAGCAUCUUUAUCAGUUGACAUUUCAGGCUCAAAAGAUUCCCCCGACGGCUGUAAUUUGUGUGACAAACAUGAAAGGACGGCGGCAGUGGUUCCAUCUGUUCAUACCUUAACAGCGAGGGCCGGCGUGCCUUUUGGAGAUGAUGAACAACUGACUUCACCUCGAGUGACCUUGACGAGGCCAGAGAAGAAUAGCCCAUCGCCCGACACUAUCAGCCAUAUGUGGGACAGGAAUUCACCUGCAGAAUACACUCGGGGUAGAGGGUCUGGUCAUCAGGAGAGCAUAAAAGAAGAUGUGGAGAGAGUUCUGCAAAGAUCACCUCCUCAAACUGACUUGGGAAAAGAAUCUCAAGAUGUGCCAGAGAAGAGUGAAACCCUUAGUAGAUCCAGUUCCAGUAUGGAGCUGUCAGUGACCAGCAGUGGUAGUGACCUGUCCAUCUCCCUGACUGAGUCUGACCUGGCUGAGCUACCAAAGGUGCCAGAGGGUGUAGUCCAUGUAGACAGCCACACCAGGAGGACAGCCAGCCACACCAGGAGGACAUCCAGCCACACCAGGAGGACAGACAGCCCACCACAGAGGAGUGCUAUUCCACCCAGCGAGAGGGAGCUCCGCAGCGCCAGUGUUCACAGUCAAUCACUGGACACUCCAGAGCCUAAGAACAGACCAGAAUCACGUAGCGAAUCCACGUCUCCAGAAAUCCCAUUGAAAAGACUGUCCAUGGAGGGAUUCUUCCAUCUACUGGAGAGCAUCGAAGAACGAUUCCACAGAGGAGAAAGAAGUGUGUACUGUGUCUCGUCACUUGGCGAUAGCAAACGCAAUAAAGUGAUCAGCCUUUGUAACGCCAGGGCAGGCUUGAAUGGAGAGGACCUUGAUGCAUGUGGAGCAGUCGUCCUUCACCAGCUUCAGAGGUUGUCAUGGACCAUGUCAAUGGGUUGCCUGUUACCCGAAGAGCUAGUUAGCUCCAACUGGUCCACCACCGAGCCCAGGAAAAUAAGCUCUCGUCUCCCCCCUGAUGCUGCUCCUCUGUGGGAUCGCUGGUUCAAGCACGCCCUUCUGCUGAAGGACCACCAUGUCCUCACCCCCGAGCGCCUCGUCCAGCUGUUCACUCCACUGCUGCUGCCAUACAAUGCCUCCUAUAGUGCCAAGGCCAAAGUGCUGCUGAGGACACUUCUGUCCCGGUCCAGUGAGGAGUGCCCUUCGGUGGAGAGUGAGUCUUCAUCCUGUGGCCUUCCCUCGUUCCUCAACGACAGCGUUGCGGAGGUCCAACCAGCCAGACCUUCUCAGGAGCAGUGCGCCUCAGGGAUGCAAGGACUACAAAGUGGUGAAGAGGACAGCCAAGACGAGAGCCCCGUGGAAAGUAUUCCUAUUAAAGAGACAAAAGCAUAUCAGCUGCUUAAACAGUCUGCCACGCAGGCGAGGCAGCAGAGCUCUGGAGACGAGGAGGAUCUGUCAGGAAUAAAUGAUGGCCAUGAAGAGAAUACUGUGAGGGUUGAGCACUCCUCUCAUCAAGACCCUUACCCUUGGAGAGAAACGACAAAAAUGAAAACCUACUCUGCUGUACAGUCUAAAGCUUUUUGGGGAGAAUCAGACGACAGCAACUCCGAGAUAGAAGCAGCUCUGCGUCCUCAAUACAAUACGAAGAAUGACAACUCUGAGGAUUUUUAGGACUGACUACCUGAGAAAAGGGAUUCUUAACAGAAGCUGCUGAGAGAAAGCGCUUUAGAGAACAUCUGCACACUGUUUAUUUUUCUUCCAUUCGUUACCCGGCUAAAUUCUAUCUACGUUGUAAAUUGUAUGCAUACUGUAUCAUAAAAAAAUGUAUAAUGAUAAACCUGAUACCUCUUACUGUGGUUAAAGUAUGUGAAGAGUUUUCAAACACACCGAUGUUAACCCUGCUUCAGUCUCUUUAUCUGAAUGACUCUUACAACUCAUAAUAACAGCUUGAAAUAGAUUAAACUGGUCUUUUGAAGCGAUUUGUUUGCACUAGGCUGGAAAUCAUGCAUUUUGAAUGCUGCAAGCAUCUCCGAGUGGUCUGCAUCUAGCAUGCUUGAGUGUAGUGACGUUAGUCACCUGUAAAAUGACAAAGAACAAUGGCCACUCUGGAUGUUACCAAACGACCUGCGGACCUGUUGAAGUGGCCUAUCACCCAGGACAAGAUGUACCGUCGUGUUAACAGAUCCACAAUGAUCACAAUGUAUGUUUUUGAAACUGUUUAGUGAAGUUGAACUGAUACAAAGAUUAUAUCAGACCUGUAUUCCUUUUUCAUUUCCCAUGUGCCUUUUCAUUUGCUAUGACAUUUUCAAACUCACAAACUUUUUAUUGCUCAGAAGAAGUACAAUCAUGUUUUCAUGUUCUAUUUUUGUAUAAUGCUUUGUGAUCAAAUGAUGUGUCGAGUAGACAUACAGUACUCAAAGACGUAA